UGUGACGUGCCGCUAAAAUUGAUAAACAGACGGUAAAAUAGUUUUUCAACAAUAUAAAAGUUAAUGACUAUUAAUGACUAUAACACGAGUUGAUCAAUGUAAUUUUGCUUGUGAUGGAUGAAUAGUGUAUGUUGACGGAUAUAGGUGUGCACGCGAGAAACAUACGUAUAUCUCCAAGUUGAAAACGUCAUCCAUCAAAUUAUCUUAUCGACUGACUCAUCUAGCUUUUAUAUAAAUACAACGUUAGCUUUGUAAACUUAUUUUACGUGAGGAUGAUGAUGAUGAAUUAUAUAACAUUCGUCUUUGGUUUAGCUAUAUUGUCGUCUGCUGACGGAUCGGAGAUUGUAAUACAAGCAGAAGACAUGAUUGGAGAUGUGUCUGAAGUUAAUCAUAGACAACAUGCUUCAGGAUACAAAGCUGUUCAUCUUUACACUGGAAACAUACUUCAAACUGAACUAUGCUUUAUAUCUGGUACUAAAUUUACAGUUAAUGAAAUAGAAUACUCGAAUGACGGACCUUCGGAUAUGAUAAGCGUCAGUUUAGAUAAAGUAGUAAUCGAUGAGUUUAGAACAGUGGCAUUAUCUGAUGGUGGGUUAGGGUGGGACAUGUUCAAACCACAUCAGAGUAUGGUAUCUACUAUAACAGAAGGUCAUCAUAUGUUGACGAUAAAAGUUAUACAAUCUGACCAACAUGGUGUUGAAAUUGAUUAUAUAAAAGUUAGUGUUAAUUAUUCGCAGACGAUUGAUUCGUUAAGUUGUAAAUCGUUCUGUUUUGAGGACGCUACUUAUCCACAUUUUACACCAUCAGUUUCGCCGUCGGCGGGGUAUGCAAGAGCUGUACAAAGAAGCGUACCCACUAAGUGUGCUGAAGAGGAUAAUAUCAACAUUCCAGUGUUUUAUGAGAGCUCUUCAUCACUAAGUUUUGUAGUUACUGCAAGUUUACCGAAAUAUAACUCGUUCCAAAACAAUAGAGGAGCUGACUGGACAAAUUGUCAGAUGUAUGAUGCUUUUUGGAAGUAUAAAAACAUCACUCUCAAUAGUGAACAUAGCCUACAUACUAAAUCAUCUUCACUGCGUAUUUACAAUGUUUCCCCAGGACUAUUGGGCACGAGAAAAGUUAUUCUUAUUGAAGUGGACUUUGAGCUAGAAGGUCCUAGUACUGGAUCAACAGAUUCUGAAAUUGGCGCGCAUUUUAAUCUACAAAAUAUUAGAUAUGAUGGUUCUCUUUCAUUUCAGUUUCAAUACUACAACAGGUAUAAUAUUUGGUCUCCAAAACAAGACAAGACUGUUAAAAUAUCAGAGAGCAGCAUCAAAUUUGUCACGCCUGAUUUCACAUUCAGAGAGGGGAAGGGAAAUAAAAUACGGAUAGAGGUUUAUGGUGACCCGAACUCUAACGGCAAUAUAACAAUAGGAGACAUUUUCAUGUUCAAAAGACCGAUGCGGAACGAUCAAAGCACGACGUUGUACAAGGAUGGAGCGACGGUGAUUGAAGGCGUGGAUGUCGAUAUGUGGUGGCGCAUCAACGAAACCAUGUGCGCAACUGUCAAAGGUGUACCGACUACGUUUAGUAACAUUGAUUAUUUAAGAAUAUAUCGGAGAGUGCCCUGGACAGUGAACGGAUUUUCCCAAGUUUUUGUUUUAUAUCAAGACGCAAACAUUCGUCUUCUUCCCACUACUCCACAUGGACUUGACUGGAUACCCUUUGGAUCAUCAGUGAUUAUUGGUCAAACUGACCCACUUUCGAACCGACCUUAUUCACCUAUAUCACACCUUGAUAUUGACCCAGAUUCGUUACACAUGACAAUUUUCUUCACGGACAGCAAUGUCGUAUCAAUAAAUAUGCAGACGACAAUGACAGAAACACAGCUGCACGUGACCGCGACUCAUUUAGUGAAAGACGCAAGCCUACAUCCUUUUUUCACAUUCCGUUCUAUGUUUGUCGCUAACGACAAUAAUGACGUGGACCAUAUCGUCGCAGAUGGAGGAGUUCCGAUGAAAAUUGGUGGCGACUGGAAUGACCUACGAGGCCACUACUUUGCUUUUUAUAGACAGUGUAUAUCUAAACAUAACACACAGAGUCCUGACAUUAGUCUUCUCAUCAAAUCUUAGUAUGAAAAAAUCAGGUUUAAUUGUUGUCUUUGUUAACCAACAACGUAAUUUCUUAUUACUUUGCUGUUUUUUUCAUUUGUUUCACUCUAAAUGUUGAUGUUUGCUUAAGUUCGUAGACAUGUUGUGAAAUUUGUAAAAAAUAUUUCCUUUUUAAAUGUAUUUUGUCACAUUUGGAAAUCCAGUCUUUAUAUUUAUUAUUAGUGUCAGGCAUCCUUUUGAGUUUUAACUGUGCAUCUAUAGUACAAUUCCUAUAUUUAUUCUUGUAGUAUUUUAAGGGAUUUAAUGCUAAAAAUUUCUUUCAGAUAUGUUAUGGAAUUUAUGCUCUUUAUAUUUAUAUCUAGAUUCCUAGCGUUUAUUAUCAAUAUUUUAUAAAACUUUCUAUCAAAUUUGUCAUGACGAAUUUCAGUUGAAUAAAACUAAUGUCAUGGGCA